CUAGAAAUCCACAAGGGGAGCCCCCCGAUGCUCACAAAUAGCGCAGCUACAUCCGCGAUCUGGAGAGAAGAGUCGCCUCACUUCAACGUCAGAGCGAACCGUCAUCCAGCAGAGAUCCUCCCACCGCGUCUGAUGAGCAUCCAAGCCUCAAUGUGACUACUCUAGAGCUCGAAGCCGCCGACAGAGUCGACCACCACGAGAACAACAACGCCGACAGCAAUCAAAAUGGUGGUACCCACCAACCACCAGGCGUGUCAUCACGUCUGCUGCCUCCUGGAUCCCGCAACUCGGAGGAUUCUGGUGGCUCGAUACCAAGUUCCCCGGGGCUCCAAAACCCCCUCGCGUUAGGCUUUCCCAGCUACUUUCCGGAUACCAGUGGCAGACCGAUAUAUCUGGGGACAUCGUCCAACUGGUCUUUUGGCCGGAAGGUCCUGGCCAUGGCUCAUGAGAAGGUCUUGGGAGCACCACUGCCCCCGGAGAAUUUGUUGUUCGAAGGCAAAUCGUACGAUCUGGAAUGGGACGGAGAGAGGAGGCCGGCGAGGAACUCAUCAUCCCAAGCCGCCGAGAUCUCUCCAGCCCUUCCUUCGGCCGACUUUGCCACGUUCCUGAUCAAUGCGGUCAAGUUUCACUGUGGCCAAGUCUUUUACCUCUUCGAAGACGAAAGAUUUACGCAACAGUUUUCGCAGUUCCAAAGGGACCCGACAAAAACAAUGGAGGCGUCCAGGCUCUGGUACAUUCAUUACCUGCUCGUUCUGGCCUUUGGCAAGGCAUUCGUGGCACCGUCCACCAACGGCAGAUCGCGCAAGCCGCCCGGCGCCGAGCUCUUUGUCCACGCCAUGACCCUGAUGCCCGAGUUUUCGUUCUACGACGCCGACCCCAUCGAGGAGAUACAAGUCUUGUGUUGUGCCGCGCUGUACCUUCAAUGCCUCGACUUUCGCGGCGCAGCCUACUGCAUGAUCGGCCGAGCCCUGCGCAAAGCAUUGGAACACGGUAUGCACACAAAAAUCCACGGCCGGACAAAGAUCGACGGUGGGCUGGUCCAGCGCCGCCGCAAGGUGUGGUGGACGGUCUACGUGCUCGAUCGCCAAAUGUCGGCCCUCAUGGGGGUCCCCUUGGGAGUCGCGGACGAGGCAAUCAGUGCCGAACUACCUACUUUUGUCGACCAACCGCAAAAGUCGACGGCCAUGGACAUCCAGAUCCAACUCUCGCGCGUCUUGGCCCUUGCUCUCAAUACGGUGUACGGGCCCGCGUUGGGCAUCAAUAAACGAUUCGUGGAAAACACAAGAGAGGCUCUGAAAGCGCUGGCAAAGACUACGGACCAGUUGAAUUCCUCCUUUGGCAUCUUCGAGAAUGGUGCCAUUACUACCAUAUCCAGGAUUUCAGGCUACUUGCACCUGCUGUAUCAUCAAUGUGUGGUGCUCAUCACACGACCUUUGCUCUACAGCUUCCUCCGCUCUCGGCUAGGCCAAUCCAUCCAUCAGAGUUUGAUCGCAACACUGCAGUCGAGUAGCGUCCGCUCGCUAUUGCAGAUGUGCGUCGAGUCUGCUCAACAGAUUCUGACCAUUCUCUUGGCUUUGCAAAGUCAUAGCCUCCUAGAAAGCUUUCUUCCGUUCGAUCUUGACGCCACCUUCACGUCAGGGAUCUCACUUUUGAUCGCGGCCACCGUCGACCCAUCUUUGGUCGAUCAUAGUCACCCACAGUGGCUGCAGCGGACUCACGCAGUACUCGACGAGAUGGUAUCUCGGGGAAACAGGGUCGCCGGAAUGAUCAAAUUGGAACUCUCACAGCUUCAAGACAUCCUCGGCCGCCUCCCCCCGCUGGACAAGGAUGGUAGGAAUCUUAGAAGAGAUCCUCGAGCAACAACCGGUCGUCAGAGCGAUCAUCUGAUGCAGGAUGUCAACCGCGUGAUGACGGCCAAUGUAGGAGCCACGCAGUCCUCCCGACAGAUUCCCGCCGACGCCACCUCCUCCCCUCCAUGUAUGAUGAACCCCCCGGCGGAGAGCAGCGUGAGCGACGAGUUUGUGACCGAGUACAUUAACUGGCAAGAAGGGUUUCCGGCAGAACAACUCAUCAACUUUGCCGAAUCAAUGGAUCUCAGUGCGCUGGAUUGGCUUUCAGCGGAGACAUAAGACUCUGAAAGUCAAGAUCCACCUGAAAAAGGCAUCCAGAAAUAAGAUCCCCCUGGAUUUUCGCCAAUUAUGGAAACUCAUCUUGGGACAGGGGCGUACCAAGAGUCUGCAGCAAAACAUCAGACUGUUGCUGUGAGGGUGAUGCCGCUCUGUGCUUGCACGCGAAUUAGUCGCGAGCGAUCACCCAUCGAAACUGCCCAGGUACCAAAGUAUGGAAGAAUCUCAGUGCAGGCAAUGCGCCUCGAAAAGCUUUCCGAAAGGCUUUGCUAUAUUGGCUUCAGCGAAGAAGUUAAGAGCGACAUGGAAUGGAUCACCGGUGAGAGAUGGUUUCGGGGAGACUUUUUCAAAGGCUCUGGUCCUUUUCUUCUCCCCUACCCCAAAUCCAAAUCUGUCCUCGGUCGGAUCUUGCUUCUCUGGCCUCUGUUCAGAAUUUAGAAUCCGAAUUCAUUUGAUCAUGAAAUUGACAUACUCGGCACCAUCACCUGAAUCAAGCUGCAUUGUCGGAAGUUCUGUCAUACGAAUUGUAUUAUCAACGCCGCCAACAUCUCAGUCCAAAACCAACAAAGCCUUCCGGCUGUCCGGCAACGAACCUCCCACCUAGUUCAAUCCGGAAAGUGAACAACCUAGACACUUAUGACAGUUCUCAUACGAUCUGCACCCAUGGAACUAUCUAUGAUGUCGACGAUAUUAUGAUCACGGUCCUCAGUUCAUGGCGAGUCAAACAUGCCAGAUGGCACAGACAGGCUACGCUUCAUUGUGACAACGCCACGUCAAGAUUUUACAUAUUGUCUCUUGUACUGUCUGGUGAUCCAUUCCAGAGGGUUUGGAGUCCGAGGGUUUGGAUUCCGAGGGUCCUGAGGUUUCCACUGUGCUAGCACCGAUAGAUACUUCUUGAUAUGACUUGGCGCCACCCAGUAGAGACCCAUUUCAGGAUCUGGACGGUGUUCCUUCUUGAAUCUGGGCGACGGCCCUGUCGAUGUCACAGCAAGCUCAUAGACCCACGACAUUGAUCUCCACCGACUGGGUCUGUACCACUCCCGGAAGGGUAACCUAUUCCAGUCCGUGUUCGUUUGAGGUUCUGGCGUGUUUCUGUUCAAAGCUUUAUAAUAAUAUCUUUCCUGGUCUGGAAGCGCAAUGCUGCCAAGGUCACGUCCAAGAGAUAUGUCGCCCUGGGUCUGCGCAUUACCCAAGUUCAGAAAGCUGAAGUCGAUUGCAGUCGACCAGUCACGGCAGAUGUCAUUUGUAUCUUGCACAUCCGUCCUCGGCGUUGUUGGUCCCCACAAGGUAACACCAGGUCGCGACUGGACAAAAAGUGAAAGUUUGGCCAAUCUCAACGCUAUUUCGUGAUCGUCGCCACACUGUCGGUUCAACAUGUCAUUGCAGAAUUCUUCCAGUCUGUGGCGCUCGUUCAUGUUGAGUGAAGAGAAACAUGUUUUCCCAAUGAGAAUGCGAUUGAUCUGGCUAAUUCUACUCACGUUGGAAUAUGCUCGGAAAGUUCUUGCGGCUGAUACUUACAUAGCGGCUUUUUGUCCACUGGACUCG